AUGAUCGAAUCGAAUCUUUCCAAGUUCUUCCUCUCGACAGCUCCCGAAGAAAUGUUAUGCGAAAUUAUAACAUUUCUUCCAUUCCGAGAGUUGAUUCACAUGUUUAUGCUUUCAAAAAAGUAUUGCCAAUUAUUUAUGAACAGUGAGCUCUUAUUCCACAAGCUCUGCAUUGUAUUUUGUAAACAGUACGAAGUUCCACUGGAUGACAUUGAUGAUCAAAGGAAGAAAGUAUUGAAUCUUAUGACCGACACAACAGAUCGGAAUCAUUCAACAUCAUCUUCAUCUUCAAUCGAUAGUGAUCAUUACAGUCCGAGAAUAUAUUUUCAAGUGUUGCAACGAUUGAUCCGAGCUCAUGGUUACCGUUGGGACACUGAAUUUCCGUAUUACCAACAAUCGGAUUAUUCCAAAAUUUAUAAGUGUGAUGAAACGACACUAAGUGUGUUGGAACAACCUCUUCAUGGAGAUUUUAUCACCAUCAAGGCUCGUAAAUUACUCAUGCCAGGUCAUUUCUAUACAUGGCAGUACAAAUUGGAGAAAUAUCUACCAGAUGAGACAUCAAAUUCUUUCAAAGUAAUGGUUGGCGUAGAAUCUCUAUAUUUCUUUCCAUUUGGAUCACAACAUAGUGGAGAUGUGAUCGGUUGGCAAGCAUCUUCAAAAGGCUGUGCACUCAUUACAGGUCCAAAACAGAUAGUAAGAAGUGCAUGUGCAGCGUUCACCCAUACCCAUCAACAAAACCUUGUAAACUUGUCACAAAAUUUUCAACAAGGUGAUUCGAUUAUUGUGGAAUUUGAUUUUCGAGUACCAUCUGAGAUGAAAGAUGAACACGCAGAAGAACAACGACUGUAUGAACGGUAUCAAUACUCACAACAACAGGCUCGACAAUUAGGCAAGAUUCGUUUUUCAUUAUUAUGGAAAUCAACCCAGCGUGAAGAGAAGAAUUUGAUUCAUUUAACACCUUGGCUUGAUUAUGGCGAUCCAAGAUUUGCUCCCUAUGUCCCUGCAUGUAGUGUGAAUGAUUAUCAGAGCAUUUCCAUUGGACCUAAUUACCAAUUUUAUAAUUCAAAACAAUUGUUACAUGAUUUGGAAUGA